AUUGUUUACAUAUUUUGGCCGGUUGAUCACAUUGCAAAAAUAUCCGAAUAUGAAUAAUUCACGUAAGCAUAGAAAGAAAAAUCUCGGAACUAAGAAUUAUGAGUGCCGCACGGAAAAACUUGCCGAAAAGGCUUCGGAACUAUCUCUGAAAUCGGAUGACGAAACCAACAGCGACGACGGUGAAGACAGCAAUUCUGAAUCAGAAACCUCCGGGGAUGAAUCGUCAAACAAUAAAUUUGAUUUGGGGAAACCACCCCAAUUCCCUGUUAGUAUGUGGGAUUUGAACCACUGUGAUCCAAAAAAGUGCUCUGGGCGGAAGCUGGCCCGCCAUGGUCUGAUCAACACUCUGCGUCUGGGGAAAAAAUUUCCCGGACUUGUUCUCACACCAGUUGGUGUAAACUGCGUGAGCCCGUUGGACAAAGAUAUUAUUUCAAGCUCGGGAAUUGCUGUUGUUGAUUGUUCAUGGGCACGAUUAGACGAAACCCCAUUCAAUAAGAUGAAAUCUCCUCAUCCUCGUCUACUUCCGUUCUUAGUAGCGGCCAACCCAAUAAACUACGGCAAACCCUGCAAAUUGUCAUGUGUGGAAGCGAUAGCCGCCUCUAUGUAUAUCACAGGCUUCAAAGAAGAAGCACUGUGGUAUUUGAGCAAGUUCUCAUGGGGGCACUCGUUUGUUGAACUGAACCAGGAACUGCUGGAUGGGUAUGCGGGUUGUAAAAAUAGUAAAGAAAUCCUGGAGGUACAGAACGAUUACCUCAAAAAGGCGGAAACCGAGCAGAACGAACGAAAGUAUGAACCGGAUUAUCCACCGAGCGAAUCAAGUGACGAUGAAGAGGCCGAAGAAGUAGGAUAAUAUCAAGUUAUUAUUGACAGUAAUGAAGUAUGAAACAUACCAGUAUGCGUUAUUGAAAAUAAAUAAGUUAUCAAAUACAAAAGAAAACGACAUCAGAAAUGAGCGAAAAGUUAAAAAUCGUUGUUAAA